AUGCCGUUGUCGUUUAGACAUGUCAACUAUUUUGGAUACGGUAUCUACAACGAUCUCAAAACACGACUACCGUAUUACAAGUCCGACUUCAAGGAUGCUUGGAACUAUAGGGUUAUUCCAUCGACAUUAUCCAUAUUCUUUUCCAAUUUGCUACCGGCUAUUGCUUUUGCUCAAGAUAUGUUUGAUAAGACCGAAAAUGCGUAUGGCGUAAAUGAAGUAUUAAUGUCUAGUGCUAUUGCAGGGGUUGUAUUUGGUCUACUAUCUGGUCAACCAUUAUGUAUUGUUGGAGUUACGGGACCCAUAUCUAUAUUUAGUUACACGGUUUACGAAUUAAUGACACCUCGAGGUACACCAUAUUUCCCAUUCAUGUGUUGGAUAUACCUAUGGUCGAUGGUCUUCCAUAUUUUGAUUGCUGUUGGUAAUUACAUUUCAUUUAUGAGGAUCAUUAGUUUAUAUUCGUGUGAUAUUUUCGGAUUCUUCAUCAACAUGGUCUAUAUCCAAAAGGGGAUACAAAUCUUGUCUAAUCAAUUCAAUGACGUGGACUUGGCUAGUGGGUACGCAUCAAUUAUGGUUGCGCUAUGUAUGUUGAUAUGUGGCGUUGGAUCAGCAAUAUUGGGAAGUUAUCUACAUUACUUUAAGCCGUGGAUUAGAAAAGUGUUUGUUGAUUAUGGGGUUGUUGCCUCAGUCAUCUUUUUCACGGGGUUUAUUCAUUUUGGUGGCAAAUUGGAUGACACAACUUUUGCAAGACUACCAGUGACAAAAUCAUUUCAACCUACAGAAUCGGGAGAUCGUAGGCCUCAUGGGUGGUUUAUUCACUUUUGGCCAGGGGAAAAUAUUGAAGUGGGUGAUGUAUUUCUUGCUAUACCAUUUGCAAUCUUGUUGACUUUUUUAUUUUAUUUUGAUCAUAAUGUUAGCUCGUUAAUGUGCCAGUCAAAAGAGUAUCCAUUGACUAAGCCAGCCGGUUUCCAUUGGGAUUUCUUGUUGUUGGGGAUAACUACUGGUAUUGCUGGACUUAUUGGUAUCCCACCACCCAAUGGAUUAAUCCCACAAGCCCCACUUCACACUGACUCUUUGGUGGUUUAUGAUAAAUACGGCAAGAAGUUAUCAGUUGUUGAGCAACGGCUAACAAAUACGCUACAAGGAGCAAUGACGUUUGUAAUGAUGACACGACCGUUUCUUGUAUUGUUAGGAUUGGUGCCUCAAGCUGUCUUGUCGGGGUUAUUCUUUAUCAUGGCAGUGACUGGAUUGCAUGGAAAUAUAGUAACUAAUCGGAUUCGAUAUAUCUUUUUGGAUAAAGAAUAUAUUGAAGACGAUCCAACUUGUCCUCAAGUAUGGAAGGAUAUUCAUGCAUUGCCCAAUAAGAAAUGGUUUUAUGUCUAUACAGUAUUGGAAGUGAUUGGCGGUGUGGGGGAGUUUGUCAUUACUUUGACAAUUGCAGCUGUGGGGUUCCCUGGUGUUUUGCUUGGCCUUGCAAUUUGUGCCAAAUGGGUAUGGCCCUUAUUUAUUCCGAGAGAAGAAUUAGAUCGUUUGGAUGGUGAUGUGGCUGAUGAAUUUAUUUUGAAAAAUUUCACAGUAGCUUCUGACGAGAAAAAGAGGAGGAAACGAAUGAGGAUGGAGGAUGUAGAGCAUAAGUAUGGAGGUGAAUCCGAAGUUGGUGAAUCGACUGAGGAUGUGAUGGUUAGUAGCAGUUCCUGA